GGAAUCGAUCUUGAUGGCAUCCCGAACGAAUGCAUUGCAGCCGCUUUGCAAGCCCUCGAAGAGAAUCAUUAGUAACUCUCUCACACAUCUUUCCUCGUCAUCCACGUCGUCUGAAACUCCCAAUAAGAAAAAAUCAACAGUAUUUUUACCUUCUUCUUCAUUUAUCAAUCAUAUCAAGUCAACUGAACGCUCGUCUUCCGAUCAGAAAGCAGCGAGUGAUGGUGGACUCAACGACUUGUAUUCCUGGCAAAAAGCUGCUCGAAAAGAUUCAGAAAUAUUCGAACUUCUCGAUGGUCCACCAUAUGCAAACGGAGAAGCUCACACGGGUCAUGCUAUCAAUAAGAUUUUGAAAGAUUUCGUUGUGAAGAGUAGAAUUGCGUUGGGAUAUAGAGUACUCUUCCGUCCUGGAUGGGAUUGUCACGGACUUCCGAUUGAGUUAAAAAUAGGAAAACAGCAAGGAAAUGCUGGUUCACGAACACCAUUGGAAACACGCGCUGCUGCUCGAAUCGUUGCAGAUGAAGCCAUCGGAAAGCAAAUGAAUGCAUUCAGAAGAUGGGGUGUUACUGCUGACUGGGAGAAACCGUAUGUGACGAAAAGUCCAAGUUACGUGGCGGCUCAGUUGGACAUUUUUGCAAAGCUUGUGGAGCAGAAGCUGGUGUAUAGAUCCUUCAAACCGGUCUAUUGGUCACCGAGCUCAAAUACAGCUCUUGCUGAAUCAGAGCUAGAAUACAAUGAUAAACAUCAAAGUACAAGCGCUUAUUUCCGAUUCAAGCUGAUCAACUUCUCAUCAUCUGAUGUCAUUUGGGCUCAUUCUGAACCUUCCAAGAUUUCUCAAUUCUUCGCAUUGAUUUGGACUACAACUCCAUGGACUCUUCCACUUAACAACGCAAUUUCCGUGUCCUCUGCUAUUCAGUAUUCCUUGAUUCAAUUUGAUAAUGAAAUCAACAAUCCAACUUCCACAUUCUAUGUCAUCGCUUCUAAAUUGCUCGAAGAAUUCCAAAAAUCAAGUGAUCGAAAGUGUAAAGUUGUUGGAACAGUGAAACCUGCGAAUUUGAUCGGAAGACGAUACAAAAGCUGUUGGCACAAUGAACUUGGUCUUCCAAUAUACGAAGGUCCACACGUUACGGAUACAGUUGGAACUGGCUUAGUGCACACAGCAUUUGCACAUGGAUUCCAGGAUUAUGAUGUUGCUAUAUCAAAAGGAGACCGAGUAGAAAGUUUCGUAGAUUCUCGUGGAUGUUAUACCAGACACCUUGGUCAUGAUCUAGAUGGUAAAGAAGUGCUGGGAGAAGGCCAAAAGAUUGCUCUUCGGCUGUUGAAUCAUGAUAUUGUUCAUGUAUCGAAGCAUGUUCAUUCAUAUCCUUAUGACUGGAGAACGAAGAAGCCAGUGAUCAUUCGAAGCAGUGAACAAUGGUUUAUCGAUGUGGAUGAAAUUGGAAAACGCGCUUCUAUGAUGCUUGAUGACAUUUCAGUGGCCGCAGGUGAUUCGGAUCUACGUGCAUCACUCAAACAACUGGUGACAACUAGAAAAAGCUGGUGUAUUUCAAGACAACGAGUGUGGGGAACACCGAUUCCUGCAUUAGUUGAUGACAACGGUGGAUCCUAUACAUCUCGAAAACUCAUUGAAUGGGUAGCAAAAUUGACACGAGAACGUGAAAAUACUGAUGUAUGGUGGGAGAUUGAUGUAAAAGAAAUAUUGGAAAAUGAAGAAGUUCGAAGAUCGUUAGAAAUUCCCAGUGAUAUAGUUUCUCAAUUAAAGAAGAAUACGGAUAUCAUGGAUGUAUGGCUGGAUUCUGGACUUGCUUGGCAUGCUGCUAGAGAUAAUGACACUGAACGAGAACACGUGGCUGAUGUAGUCUUAGAAGGUGUUGAUCAAUUCAGAGGAUGGUUCCAAUCACUUCUUCUAACAUCUGUAGCCGUACAAAAUAAACUUCCAUACAAAAAGAUUAUUGUUCAUGGAUUUUGUAUUGAUGAGAACAAUAAUAAAAUGUCAAAAUCUAUCGGUAAUGUUGUUGAUCCAACAAUGCUCACGGAUGGAUCAUUGAAGCAAAAAGCAAUUGGAGCAGAUGGUCUCCGGUUUUGGGUGGCUUUAUCCGGUUCAGAGAACGCUGGAGAAUCAAAAAUCGGAAUGAAAAUUAUCGACGAUGUGGACAAAAAAGUUAUUGCUUUUCGAAAUGGAUUUCGUUUCAUGAUUGGAGGCUGUCAAGGAUUUGAUGGAAAACAAGUCAAGUUUCCAUUAAAGACGUUGGAUAUAGAUAUGUUACAAAAUUGUGACGCGAUUGUCAAAAGAUCCAUUGUUAACUACAACGACUUCAAAUUCCGUACAGUGGCAAAUGAUUUGACACAGUUUUUGCAAAGAAAUUUUAGUGCAAACUAUGUGAAAUAUGUUCGUGAUCGUCUCUACUGUGAUAAAGUUGGCAGCGAGUCUCAUAUAUCUGCUCAAUUCACUCUCCAUAGGCUUGCUCACAAUCUAGCUCAUAUCAUAUCUCCAAUCCUUCCGCAUUUAUCAUCAGAAGUCCUCCAGCACCUUCCCGGAUCCCAUGAAAAACAAAUUCUUCGCUUGAAAUUUGAAGAUCUUCAUUAUGGACUUCUCACUCCACAUGAUCAGCUUUCAAAGCACAUGAAAUUCGUAUACGAAGUUCGAAAUCUUUUAGAGUCAACUGCUGGUCCAAAGAUUGAUACUUCUAAAAAAGGAAUUGUUCUUCAAGUGACACCAGAAUACCACACAAUUCUUCGCAUUUACGAAUCAGAGCUGCCAGAAUUGUUAAAUGUUUCACAAGUGAUACUGCAUGAAAAUCGGGAUGAAAAUUCUGUUGAGCUCGUGGAAAGCCGGUUGCGAUAUUGUGAGAGAUGCCGGAAGCACACUCGGAAUGAAAGUGAUGCUCUAUGCGGAAGAUGCUCAGAUGCGAUGGGACUUUCUCGUUAAAUUAGAUGAUUUUUGUAGAACAUUGUAAUUUGAUUUAUUUUAGGAAAGUAAAUGUUUUAAUUUAGAGGCGCCACGUUUUCAAGAUCUGUUCAAAAACAAGAUUUACGAAAACAAGAUCCACCAAAACAAGAUCUACAUUUUCAAGAUCUACCAAAACAAGAUCUACGUUUUCAAGAUCUGGCACCGUGCCAACUGUGGUUUUCUCGAAGAAAACCAAACAACGAUGCUCCGAUGUUACGCGUCGCGUGUUGUUUAGCGUUCAAACGAAUAUUUUUUGAAAUUUUCUUCUAGAAUUUACGCUUAGCAACACGCGACGCGUAGAGAAAACCGCAGUUGGCACGGUGCCAGAUCCUGAAAACGUAGAUCUUGUUUUGGCGGAUCUUGUUUUCGUAGAUCUUGUUUUUGAACAGAUCUUGAAAACGUGGUGCCUCUUAAUUUAUGUUUGCACAUCAAUUUCCCGAAACACCAACUUCUAGCAAGAAAAACUUGACGUCAUGCUCGACUUGCUUCAAGCAAAAGAGGUCCUCAGAUAGAAAACAGGAUUUGAUGUUGAAAAUUUAUUUUCCGAUAUAAAUACAUAACGUCUCAAAAUUUAUAAAGUGAGUGCAAUGAUUGUCAAACGUAAGGGGGAUGGAACCCGGUGACAAAUAAUAAACGAUUAGUUGUG